GGGCCGCCGACGGCCGGCACUGACGGCGGCCCGUGCCCGCAGGGCGGCGUGAUGGUGCCCCUGGAGAUUGUGCUGCUCAAGAAGGUGGGCUCCGGCUUCCGCGGCGUCAUCAAGCUGCUGGACUGGUACGAGCGGCCCGACGGGUUCCUGCUCGUCAUGGAGCGGCCCGAGCCCGUCAAGGACCUCUUCGACUUCAUCACGGAGAAGGGCGCCCUGGACGAGGACACGGCGCGCGGCUUCUUCCGCCAGGUGCUCGAGGCGGUGCGGCACUGCUACGGCUGCGGCGUGGUGCACCGCGACAUCAAGGACGAGAACCUGCUGGUGGACCUGCGCAGCGGCGAGCUCAAGCUCAUCGACUUCGGCUCCGGCCCCCUAAUUUUCUUUUCUCUUUUUUUUAAUUUUUUUUUUUUUUUAAUUUUUUACCAUGUAGGAACCCGAGUGUACAGCCCUCCAGAAUGGAUCAGGUACCACAGAUACCACGGGAGGUCAGCAACCGUAUGGUCCCUGGGAGUGCUUCUGUAUGACAUGGUCUGCGGAGACAUCCCUUUCGAACAAGAUGAAGAGAUCUUGAGAGGUCGGUUGUACUUCAGAAGGAGAAUUUCGCCUGAAUGUCAACAGCUGAUCAAAUGGUGCCUUUCACUGAGGCCUUCAGACAGACCAACACUUGAGCAAAUUUUUGACCAUCCUUGGAUGCACAAAUCUGAAGUAGUGAAGUCUGAAGACUGUGACAUAAGGCUACGGACCCUUGACACUGAUGUAUCUAGCACAAGUUCAAGCAAUGAGAGUCUGUGAAACACUAAGGACCUCGCAAUGGGAGGGGAGCUACAAGCAGAAAGACCACAGUGCUGCUGCCAAUACGUAGGAGGGGCUAUAAAAUGCAUUCAUUAUUCUGUAGUUGAAUCUUUGUCUGAGGGACUUGAUUUUAUUUUCCCCUUUUGCUGGUUUCUGCUUUGGAAUGAAAGAUUUCCUUUGGAAACGCUGAUGUUUGGGAGUUGCAGGCCAGUACUUAGUCAAAGACUGACCUUACUAAGAAAGCAGUGACCUCUUGAAUUACAUGGUAAACUUUUUUGCUCUCAUAGAGCCUGGACUAGAUUUUAUUUGCUUUUGAGUGCCUUUUUGAAAGCUGCUUCAGUGGGACUUUCUUUUUUGAGCUGUGUAUGUCCAAAGAAGAUCCAGUUCAUUAUAGGAUUUUGCUCCCUUUAGACUUAGUGCUGGAGGAAGCAGCUCCUAUGAUGCAUUGGAACAUGUUCGGUGAUUGAAUGAAGUAGUCCCAUCCAUUGGUGAUGGAAUACUUGAACACAGACAUUUCACUCCUCUGCCCUGUCCCAUUCCCCAACCCAACCACCUCUGCUGCUCAAAAUAUUUCCUAUAGCCUGCACAGAAAUACAAACAGGUAUAUCAGCUUUUUAUCAGGAACAUUUAUUCAUGUUUCCUUUUAUCAUCUCUACCACUGGGCAUGAGAAGCCCCUUUUCUCAACUCCCCUAGCCUUUUGUCACCCUGCGAGUCUUAAAGUAUGUAUGGGCAUGUUAAAUGCACAAUCAAUGCAAUAUUCAAGGACUUUACUUAUUUUUUCCAUACCUGUAUAAUGUGUUUUAUGUAAAUUUGGUUUUCCCAUGUAUUAUACAGUUAUUUAUUGUUUGAAGUUUUAGAAGACCUCUCACAGCUUCAGCUGUGGCUAUUUAUUUGGUUAAUUUAUUUGGUUAGUUAUUCAACACUGUGCUUCUUCCCCCUGCCCCCCCUCCCCCUCCUUCCAUGGGAAUUCUAGUAGUUUGCCCAUGGCACUUUUUUUCUGCAUUCCUAUCAACUUUUGUUUAAAAAAAAAAAUGCAAAAAAGACAAAAAAAAAUAAUUUUCUGACCUUACCAGUUUUUGUUGGAAGAUGGAAAAUUGUUGUACAAAGUCUAAUUUAAGGGAAAUUGAAUGACUUUUUUAAAGUUAGUCAGUAUGCCUUUGUCUGGUAUUAUUAUACCAGAAAUGUAAAGUAAUGCUGUUUGGAAGGGUUUUAAAUUAUUGACAUUGUACAGUCUCCGUGCAUUGGCUCUUGAAGGUAGAGUGGCAGAGUCAUAAACCUUAAUUUAUUUUAAUAGCUGUGUUUCUGUGAUCUGGUUGCAUCUAUGCAGCUUGGAUUUGGAUUUUUUUUCUUCCGUUUAACAGUGUGAAAUGUAUGGAGAUCAUAUUUUUUAUACAGGUAUUUCAAUUAAACUUUUUUUGUACAUAAAA